AUGGGCGAUAAUGAAGAUCCCAUGAAUCCAUGGAAAGCGGGGAAGGAGGCAUGGGACUUCAAGAAGAAGUACGAGGUGCGGUCGUGGAAGGACGCCGUCAAGGUCGCGCGGCUGGUGCUGCCGCCUGGCUGGGAGCUGUGGGCGUUCGGGGCUGGAAUCGCGCUCCUGGCGGUCGCACCCGCGCUGUUGGCGUCCGCGAUGGCAGGCGUGGCCAUCAUGAUCGCCCUCUCCGCAAGCCUGGCGGUGGCGUCGAUCUUCCUCCCCAUCGCCCUGAUGGGUCUCUUCUUCGUCUCCGUGGCGUUCACGGUCCCGUUCGGCAUCAUCCCCUUUUCGUUUGGCAUUGCCGCACUCGCAGCCAAGGCAGCCACCGCGGGCGCGUUCGUGCUCGCGGGCGCGGCGGGGACGCGGUACCUCCUCUCCUCCGCGGCCUUCAACGAGUCGGGCGAGGUCGUCGACGUCGACGCGGCGCCGGGGUCCUCCGGGGGGAGUAAGCGGGGCCCCAAGGUGAGUCAAGAGGAGCGGGAGCUGGCGGAGGAGCGCGAGAGGCAGCGCAAGGAGCUCGAGGAGUUCGACGAGCUCCUGAAGAAGCGAGAGGACUUCAUGAAGGGGAGCUGA